GGAACAGAUGCUUGGAAUGGUAUUGGGAUCCAAUUACUGCACUUUUCCAACCUUACAUCUAUUGUCUAAACUUGGAGCAGGCAUAUUUUUAUUCCUUGGUGACACUAUAUAAAGAGACAAUUGGCAUUGUGUUUGCUGGCUGACUGGUUGGCAGAGAAGGGGUGGAAGGAGCAGCAGCACCAUGGCUCCCAAAAAGGCAAAGAAGAAGAUAGAAGGUGGUUCCAAUGUUUUCUCUAUGUUUGAACAAACCCAGAUCCAGGAGUUCAAAGAGGCUUUUACCAUCAUGGAUCAGAACAGGGACGGCUUUAUUGACAAAGCAGACUUGAGAGACACAUUUGCUGCACUAGGUCGUCUGAAUGUCAAGAAUGAAGAGCUUGAAGACAUGGUGAAGGAGGCGCCAGGUCCUAUUAACUUCACUGUCUUCCUUACAAUGUUUGGGGAAAAGCUGAAAGGCACGGACCCAGAAGAAACCAUUCUGAAUGCUUUUAAGAUUUUCGACCCAGAAGGAAAAGGCCGCAUAAAGGCAGACUACAUCAAAGAAAUGCUUAUGACACAGGCAGACCGCUUCAGUCAAGAAGAGAUCAACCAGAUGUUUGCUGCUUUCCCUCCAGAUGUCUCUGGGAACCUCGACUAUAAGAACCUCUGCUACGUUAUCACCCAUGGUGAGGAGAAAGACUGAGAGCAAAGAGAGGAGCUUCUCCUGUGGUAAUGCACUGACAUUAUUCCAUGAUGCUCUCGUGUACAAGGGCUAAGCAUCCAGGAUGUGAAGCCAUGUGGUCAUCAGAAGAGAACCAAUAAAAUAAUUGAAAUUAGAUUAAAGUUA